AUGACGACGCCGACACCCACGCGCCGCCAUCAGUCCUUCGAACCCACACCUUUCAUUCCCUCGUCGAGCCCUACGGAAAGGAGCUCGAGUGUGAGUCCCGCGCGAUCACUCAAGGGCCCGACCUACACGUUCACGCCCAAGCGCAUCAAGUCUUUGCCUCGAGCUUGGGAGCGACGGCCCCUCACGCCAUAUGUCCCUCGUAAUGACGUGCAGAAAAUAUGGAAGCGUGUGCCACUCGGAGAAAUCAAGGCCAGUGCCGGCGAUGGAUGGAGAAAGCAACAAGGUGGGAACGUGAACGGCCGGCCUGUGAAGAGGUUGAAAGUUACACUUCAGGAGGGAGGUAAAGAGAAUGUGAUACAGUACUUGCCGUCGAAGUGGGAAGACGGCGUGGGGGUGAAUAGUCCGAAACGAAAGGCGGUGCAUACUGCCGGUGGGUUCGUUGCAGUCAAUGCUGCGCCUCUAGGUGAAGACGAUGACAAUCCACCGGACGAGGUGGCUGGAGAAAAGGUCGAUGUGGAUCUUGAAGGGUCCAGCGUGACGAGAGUCGAGCUGGUGAACAAUGGCUCCGAGCGCAUUGAAAUGGCGGGUGCGGAUGGUGAAGUUCUACCUCCAGAAGAGCCAGGAGAGGAUCGCCUCUCACGCGAUGUCUUAGACAGUGUGGACUCUUCUACACGAAGUGAAGAAAAGGACCAUACAGCCACGUUGAACUCUGAAGAGACCGCUGAGAUUGAGGAGUCUGCAGUGACUUCGAUUGCUCUAGAUGAAACUCUAGAUCCGGCACGGCAAACCCAGGAGUGCGAGGCUGAUUCCCUAUCAAACACUUCGCAAACAGCAAAUCAAAUCUUUUCAUUAUCUACAGACCACGACGAUACAGCAUACCUACACGACUUCCUUACUCGCGCCCGCGCACAGAAAGCAGCGAAACAGCAAGCAGAGGCAACGUCCCCAGACCAGGAAGCAUCGCCGGUGCACGACAUGGACACUAAAGGACCGGAUGAGAGGACAUCCUCUAAUACUCCGACAACAUGCCAUGUCGAAAAUAUCCAGGAAUCUACUGUACCCACAUCUAACACAUGUGAUGGGACUCCAACACUUCAAGCUGAUCAAGAUACGGAGCCCAACGCAACCUCUCCACGACGGAGUUCAAGAUUGACCACUCGACUUCCACGGCCACAGAAGCCCCUCACCACAGUUCCAAGCAACAUCUCGCUCAAGAGGCUGAACGGGACCGAGUUCAUCGCAACGCAACGUGAGACUCAGUCACUAGCAAUGACGACAAGAGCAAACACGAAGAGAAACAAGGCUGACGCGAUCAAUGUUCAACUUAAACUGAUCCAAUUGGCAGCCGAACAAAAGGCACAGGCGGGACAAGUACGCCCGCCACAGCAGGUGCAGAAACAGGACGGUGCUGCCGAAAGGAAGAAAAGGAAAAGGACCAAGGUGGUGAGCUGGGACAACACGAUCGCGAGAUUCGAAGAUGGAGAGGAGGUGUCGAAUAGCAGUCUAAAUCUGAUGGAAGAUGAUACGGAAGCGCAAGGGCAGAACUUGUGCGUGGCCUCGACCGAGGACACGAGCGGGCCCGGUCGUUCGGAGAUUGCGGAGAAUCGGGACCAGACCGAGCAGCAUGUUGAGGAGAGCAGAGAAAACGAUGAGUUUCCCAGAGAUGAAAAGAAGCAAGUCACCAGAAAGGUGCGUCGGUUGCGGAAGAUGAACGUCGGAACCGUCAACGGGACACCUGCGCCGAAGAGACGAGCCAGUCUGGGGAUUCCGGUACCUACGGGGGCGGCGAGCGCAUUGCUUUCCAACGUCAUGGGGGAGAGUACCGAGAGGGAGAUGGCGGGAUUCUUGGAGGAGGCCGCGAAACAGACCAGCAUUGUCCCCAUGGGUCGUGGUGAACGGGGGACGAUGAUGAAUGCCUCUACCAAGCCUAGGAUUUUGAGAAGGAGAACGUAA